ACAUGUUAGGAGGAAGCAGUUGAAGCACCAGGAAUGUCAGGCUUCAGGAAGAGAAGAUUAGAAGGCAGCAGACAGAAGGCAGGGGAGAGAAAGUCCUCCGGGUCAGAAGUGAGCGUGACCCUUCAGGGUGGUGGGGCCAACAUCUUCUGCUGUUUUGUCGUGCACAAGCGGUGCCAUGAAUUUGUCACUUUCUCCUGCCCAGGCGCUGACAAAGGCCCAGCCUCUGAUGACCCCCGGAGCAAACACAAGUUUAAGAUCCACACAUACUCCAGCCCUACGUUUUGUGACCACUGCGGGUCCCUGCUGUAUGGACUCAUCCACCAGGGGAUGAAAUGUGACACCUGCAUGAUGAAUGUGCACAAGCGCUGCGUGAUGAACGUCCCCAGCCUGUGCGGCACGGACCACACGGAGCGCCGCGGCCGGAUCUACAUCCAGGCGCACAUCGAGAGGGAAGUCCUCAUCGUCGUCGUAAGAGAUGCCAAAAACCUUGUACCUAUGGACCCCAAUGGCUUGUCAGACCCUUACGUGAAACUGAAACUGAUUCCUGACCCCAAGAGUGAGAGCAAGCAGAAGACCAAAACCAUCAAGUGCUCCCUCAACCCCGAGUGGAAUGAGACAUUCAGAUUCCAACUGAAAGAGUCGGACAAAGACAGAAGGCUGUCUGUAGAGAUUUGGGAUUGGGAUCUGACCAGCAGGAACGACUUCAUGGGAUCUUUGUCCUUUGGGAUUUCCGAACUGCAGAAAGCCGGGGUUGAUGGCUGGUUUAAGUUGCUGAGCCAGGAGGAAGGCGAGUACUUCAACGUGCCUGUGCCGCCAGAGGGAAGUGAAGGGAAUGAGGAAUUACGGCAGAAAUUCGAGGCUGUGGUGAUGCAUCUGACCCGAGGGGAGGGAAGAUCCCUUCCUGGAAACCACUGGGAUAAACACAUUGGCCUUGGGAUUAUCAGUCACACUCCAGUGAACUUGAGGGCCAAGAUCGGUCAGGGCACCAAGGCUCCAGAAGAAAAGACGACCAACACCAUAUCCAAACUUGACAACAAUGGGAACAGAGACCGAAUGAAACUAACCGAUUUUAACUUCCUGAUGGUGCUCGGGAAAGGAAGCUUUGGCAAGGUCAUGCUCUCAGAGCGGAAAGGCACGGACGAGCUCUAUGCCGUGAAGAUUCUGAAAAAGGACGUGGUGAUCCAAGAUGAUGAUGUGGAAUGCACGAUGGUGGAGAAGCGGGUGCUGGCCCUGCCUGGAAAGCCGCCAUUCCUGACCCAGCUCCACUCCUGCUUCCAGACCAUGGACCGCCUGUACUUUGUGAUGGAGUAUGUGAAUGGGGGUGACCUCAUGUACCACAUCCAACAAGUUGGCCGGUUUAAGGAGCCUCAUGCUGUAUUUUACGCUGCAGAAAUUGCCAUCGGUCUGUUCUUCUUACAGAGCAAGGGCAUCAUUUACCGUGACCUCAAACUUGACAAUGUGAUGCUGGAUUCAGAGGGCCACAUCAAGAUUGCUGAUUUUGGCAUGUGUAAGGAAAAUAUCUGGGAUGGAGUGACCACCAAGACAUUCUGUGGCACCCCAGACUACAUUGCUCCUGAGAUAAUUGCUUAUCAGCCCUAUGGGAAGUCCGUGGAUUGGUGGGCAUUUGGAGUCCUGCUGUAUGAAAUGUUGGCUGGGCAGGCACCCUUUGAAGGGGAGGAUGAGGACGAGCUCUUCCAGUCCAUCAUGGAACACAACGUGGCUUACCCAAAGUCCAUGUCCAAGGAAGCCGUGGCCAUCUGCAAAGGGCUGAUGACCAAACACCCAGGCAAACGUCUGGGUUGUGGACCUGAAGGUGAACGUGACAUCAAAGAGCAUGCAUUUUUCCGGUAUAUUGAUUGGGAGAAACUUGAACGCAAAGAGAUUCAGCCCCCAUAUAAGCCAAAAGCCUGUGGGCGAAAUGCUGAAAACUUCGACCGGUUUUUCACCCGCCAUCCACCCGUCCUAACACCUCCCGACCAGGAAGUCAUCAGGAAUAUUGACCAAUCAGAAUUCGAAGGAUUUUCCUUUGUUAACUCUGAAUUUUUAAAACCUGAAGUCAAGAGCUAAGUAGAUGUGUAGACCUCCGUCCUUCAUUUCUGUCAUUCAAGCUCAACGGCUCUCGUGGUGACAGCUUUUUUUUCGUUGCAACGUUGCCUCCAUGUUUUAUUUGCUGACGAGACUAGAGUGACCAUGUUUCAGAACCCAAAUGUCCUCAGGUCGUUUGGAGCAUCUCUGUGAGAUGGGGAUUAUGCAGAUGGAACGUGGAAAAUGCUGCUGCAUAAUUAGCACAUUAGCAAAGACCUCUUCCAAGCCAUGUUCGCCAGCAUGUCAGCUCAGUAGAUUCAGUGGGGACAGAAAAUGCCUGCUUUCUCUCCCUUUUUUCCAGUGCUCCCAUUUCACAUGUUUUUCCCACUCCAAGCAUCCAGUCUAGCUUGUUCCCACCAAGCGAGCGGAUAAUCGGAUACUAGCAGUAUUCUCUCUCUCCCUGCUGACCCAGAGCUUGGCUUGUAUCCAAGUAUAUGGUGGCCUUGACUUAGAGGGAAUCCCUCCAUUCUGCCUGGUUUGGAGGCACCAAGAGCUGCAUGCUAAAAAUAAAAUUUUAUUUGUUUUUUUUUUUAGACUCAAAGUUAAGAAGAUUACCUCGGCCCUUUUAAAAUGCCAAGAGUGUGCUUUUAGACAAUUUCAAUCUAAAAGUACCUCAAGGGGUCAGUCAAAAGGCAGCGAGCUCGGGCGCCCCCUCCAAUGCUGUGAUUUCUGAUACCCUGUGUCCCUGAUCACCUUCACCCUCAAACUACUUGCAAAGGGCAUUUGGCACCACUCCCUGAAAAGACAUGGUCACUCUAGCAAGGUCCCAGAGGACCAUGGUUUUACAUUACAUUUCAAAUUUUAUUUGCUUUGGGGUUUUAUUUUUGUUGUUGUUCAAAUGCAAAAAGAAAAAAAAACCCACUUUGUUACACAUGCUUUGAAAUAAUGUGUCCCAAUGUUAUUAACCACAAUGACCUGCUUUGAUUUGUCGAGAAGGCGGCUCUGGAGCCUAGCAGACCCACGCCUGGGUGGAUGGGGUUUGCCUAGGUUUGUUGCUGGCUUUGGAAAGUUAAAUAAGCACUCUGAGAAAGACAUCGUUUCUUGAAACAUAGACAGUUGUAUUCUUCACUUUGAUGUUGUGUUGUAAGAUGUUUGUGGAAAUGUCCAUUUGUAUCUGGAGAUCUGUUCUGUGCCAUUUUUUUUCUAGCAUCGAGAUACAAUAAAAAAAAGAAAGAAGAAAUGCUA